AUGGCGGUGUUCUCGGGCCCCGCGCAGCCGCUGCUGUCCCUGAACCCGCAGGAGGACGCCAAGUUCCACCAGGAGGUGGCCCAGGCCCGCCGGCGCGCGGCCAAGAAACAGAAGCAAGAAAAAGAAAAACUCACUCCCGGAGUCGUUUAUGUGGGCCACCUACCUCCAGCACUUUACGAAACCCAGAUCCGCGCCUAUUUCUCCCAGUUCGGCACUGUGACGAGAUUCAGGCUGUCCCGAAGUAAAAGGACUGGAAAUAGCAGAGGCUAUGCCUUCGUGGAGUUUGAAUCUGAAGAUGUUGCCAAGAUAGUUGCUGAGACAAUGAACAACUACCUUUUUGGUGAAAGACUCUUAAAGUGUCAUUUUAUGCCGCCUGAGAAAGUACACGAGGAACUUUUUAAAGAGUGGCAUCUUCCGUUCAAGAACCCAUCUUACCCAGCAGUGAAACGGUACAAUCAGAACCGAACACUUCUUGGAAAGCUGCGGAUGGAGGAGCGAUUUAAAAAGAAAGAAAAAUUACUCAGAAAGAGACUAGCUAAGAAGGGAAUUAAUUAUGAUUUUCCUUCAUUGAUUUUACGUAAAAAGGAGAAAAGCAAAGCUUCAAACACUGACCUUCAGAAAUCCACAAAUAGACAGGCUUUACCUAAGAAGAAGAAGAAGAAGGCUUCAGCCACCCCUAAAACUCCCGAGAAUACUGUGGAUAGCCAGGGUCCCACACCAGUUUGUACACCAACAUUUUUGGAUAAACGAAAAUCUGAAGUGGCUGAAAUGAAUGAUGAUGAAGAUAAUGAAAUAGUUUUCAAACAGCCCUUAUCUGGCGUAAAAGAACAAAUACAAGAGACUGCAACACCUACAAUGUCAAGGAGAAAAAGGCGAAGAAAAAGCAAUCAGUGA